CACUUAAUCCCUAAAUUGCUCCCGUAGCUGUGCCUAUGGUGUAGCAAUGUGAUAGACUGAAUUGUAAAUUGCUUUGGAUAAAAAGCAUCUGCUAAAUGUAAACACACUAGUAUGAAUGUAAAACACUAGUGUGAAUGCUCUAUCAGGGACUAGAAAGAUAGACAUACAAACAUAUAUAGUCAUUGUGCUUAGAACCAUGAAAAUUUGUUUAGCAGCUUUUAGCAGUGUGUAACGUACAAGUCUGUUGUAAAAAAAUGUUGUGAACUGUUUUCAUACACAAAUAUAUAAACACAAAGACACUGUAAUAUAAACAUGUUUUACUCUAUAUAUCCCAACAAACAUUCAAAAAUUCAUGAAAAAAAGGCAUCAUCCCGUCUUCCGUUCUUUAUCUAUCUUUCAAUAGGCCAAAAAUGGGGUUAGUAGUUCUACUGAAUAUACAGUAGUUCCCGAUCUCAUACAUAUAUGCUACGGAGGCUUCUUUCCAUUUACUGUACUACAGUAAUGAACCUAACCUAACCUGCUCAAGACUGGUUUGACAGUGUCUCCCAUUGUUAGGCCAUCUGUGGCCCUUUUAUUGCUAAAGCUCUGAAUGCUAAUUUAAUUAUUGUGCAACUUAUGUUUGCCCAUGAGAGAAGUUAGAGAGAAUAGGAAAUUUAAUUUCCACUCUUAAAUGGCAGCGUGGUCCAGAAGAACAAAAGAUAUCUAUUCAUAAAGAUUUUGCAUGUUGGGUGUAGUGUUUCUUUUUUUUAAAGUGAAGUUUAGAAUUGCAAUCUGAAUGUAAAGCAGUACAUGUGCUUGUAUUUUAGCAGAAUUGUUUCAGGUCGUUGUCUUUGUGUCUUAAGUGCCAGUGUUAGUGUGUAAACAAUUGAGAAAAACUGUAAGUAAAGGUUCGACUUCUUAUUUAAUGACCCAAUAUGUAAGACAGAAGCAGUACUGCCAGUGGUGGUAGUAGUUAUAGAGGUAAUACUAGUCCCAUUAUUAUUAGUUGUAAUUUUAUUUGGUAGUAGUGCUAGUUCAAAAAAUGGAGGGCACUGUCUGUGACAACAGAAAAUGGUCGCGUUAGGACCGGUAACACUAUAGUCAAAUUGCGAGCAAUAGGAAACAGUGGUAAAAAUUAAAUUGCGAAAGCAGCAGUAACGUAGUCCGUGUUACUAGUAGGCGUAACACGUAAAAGCAGCCUGUGAAAAAGAGGUAGCCUAUCAGUAACACUCGUUGGCAAAACUGCUAUCAAUACAAGCAACAGUUCAUAUUUUCACAGUAGCAGCAAUACGGAAACUGUAGUAAUAGCUAGUAGCAAGCUCGGGCACAGAAGACUGCGAUAGGAAUGGUAAGGAUACAUGUAAUAGUCUAGUAGCCAGAUACAAUGUUGUAUACAAUUUAUUCGCUCCUUGUUACACAGUGUAUCCUCUCAAUUAUCUAUAUCCGUUCCCAUGCGCAUGCGCGUCGGGCUGUUCGCGGUUGCGCCAACUGGUAGAGGAUGUUGCUAGCAGCCUGUGUAGAUGCACAGCCUUUUUCACAACAAUAACAUCAACCAAAUUUGCAUCUCCACAUACACUGAUUUGAGGAUUAUACAUUACGAACGCUAUCGGAAACCGUGCAUUGGACCGUGCCACGCUGAAUAUUCUUCUGUUUUUUUGGCUUUGUUGACAAUGGGAGCGGAGGGGUUUGCAGAUUUACAAGGCUCCUUCUUGCAGGAGCAGAAAGAAGAAUCAUGGCUGGCCAGCUAGGCCGCAGAUGGAUUUUGUAGCUAACAGCAACAAUCUGUUGAUAUAAAAUUCUGUAUGUAGGCUUGGCGCAGCUCGUAUAAAGUGGUGCUAAGAAGCCCGUGUCUCAAUUAUCGUUGAUUUUUGUUGUCUUUUUGGGAACACAACACAAGCUAGUGAGACAGUUAGCUUCACAACCUUGACUGGUUUGCGUCUUGGCUUCGUAGUUAGCUCCUUUAGCCAGCUAACGAUAGUCUGCAUCGCUUGGCUAGCCAUCUUCUGGUUAAAAACAUUUGGUAAAAGACAUUUACUACGGGAUUUACUCUCAUCGUUUUGUGUUGGGAAGGCAUUUGUAUCGCAAAUUCCUUUAGCAACGUCUGCACCUGGAUGAAUGUGGGACAAAAUGGAGACCCCGACGAUCGUGUACGAUUUGGAUACCUCUGGGGGCUUAAUGGAGCAAAUCCAAACACUGCUGGCGCCCCCGAAGUCCGAGGAGGUAGAGAAGAGGAGUCGGAAGUUGGUGAGAGACGCACGGAGGAGCGGCAGGGCCACCAACCACGACACCUGCGAUAGUUGCCGGGAGGGGGGAGACUUGCUGUGCUGUGACCACUGUCCUGCAGCCUUUCACCUCCAAUGCUGCAAUCCACCUCUAAGUGAAGAAAUGCUUCCCCCAGGAGAAUGGAUGUGUCACCGCUGCAAUGUUCGAAAAAAGAAGAGAGAGCAGAAGACAGAGCAGACCAACGGCCUUCCGGAGAAGUCCUCAUCUAAGCGUUCUGUGUCCCCAGCCAUGGAGCUGGAGCUCAAUGCUGGACCACUGCGGCUCGACGGCUUGCCUCCGGGGGCCGGGGCAGCAGGGCCCGGUCUACGAGUGGCCCAGGUGCGUCUCUUGGACCGCAGGACCACCAGCAGGCCGAGCAGCCGGCCUGGAACGCCCACCUCCAACACUUCGUCCACCCCAACCCCCUCAGAGGAGCAGAACGACGGGGAGGAGGAGGCAGCAGAGCCUGAGGAUGAAGUUCAGGGCUCAGAGCUUGAGGGUGCUACGCUAUCGGCUCCAACUCCACGCCUUCUCAAGAGGCCCUUUCAGCUGCUAAUAGCAGCCGCUAUGGAGAGAAACCCUACGCAGUUCCAGUUGCCCAGUGAGCUCACCUGCACCACUGCACUUCCAGGCAGCAGUAAACGGAGGAGAAAAGAGGAGCUACUAGGGAAGCCCUUCAGGAGGCCUCAGCAUGAGCUGGAUCCCAAUGGUCUGGUCCCUCUACCGGUCAGAGUCUGCUUUUCAUGCAACAGGAGUUGCAGGUUGGCUCCACUGGUCCAGUGUGACUAUUGUCCUCUUCUGUUCCACAUGGACUGUCUGGACCCUCCACUCACAGCUUUACCUGCUGGAAAAUGGAUGUGUCCAAACCAUAUUGAGCACUUAGUGCUGAGUCAGAGGAGCCUGAGCCUGUCCAGCCGCUGUCAGCUGUUUGACCAUUUCCAGGACAGGAUGUCCCAGCACGCAGUCAAGUUGGACUUCCUGCGUAGAGUCCAUCGGCAGAACGCACCUAAUCGGCGCACAACCCACCAGCACACUAAGAAGACCAUCAAGGUGCCAGAUGCCAUCAAGUCCCAGUACCAGAAUCCUCCCCUCAUGCUGACUCCUGCGGGGGUGCGCCAGUUGGAGCUGGUUUGUAGCGGUGUGCCUGACCACCAGCCCUCAAAGCAUCCCACCUCAGAGGCUGAGCAGCAAGAGUGGCUUCAGGAUGUCAUCGCCCUACAGUGCAGCAUCAUGCGACACCUAUCUAUCAAGCAGAAGGCUUCAUCCACAGCAACCACCCUGUCAUCAGUAACAGCAUCAGCAGACUGGGCUUCUGAGCAGAAAACCACUGCUAAAUCAUGUGUAACAUCUGAGGACAUGAAAACUUCUUUUGAAAGGACUUCGUCCCCCGACAGCUGCUCUAAACCCUGCAGUACACCUGAUGACCCACAGGGGGCCUCUCUUUCAAGGGACACGCUUGCAGAGCUGGGUGUUUGUAAAUGCAACACACCACCAUGUCAAAACUGUAGGAAACCCAACGGACCUCGAGCAGAGGAAUGUCAGCCACCCAAAGCUAACGGGCCUGUAGACUGUAACAGUGCCUCAGACUCCUGCAGGCAGGCUGAGCUGCAGCACAGACUGAAGGCCACUACAACACCCCCAGUCUCAGCUCCUGCCUCUGGGCUGGUGAACCACAUAGGAGCAGAAAUGGUUAAAAAGGAACCUGAGAGUACUACAGAGGCCUGUGCUCAGAACAACUGUCCCACUGCCCUGACAAUAUGGCCCCACAGUGGCCAGCAGAACCACAGGAACCAGGAGGAGUGUAUGAGCAGCGAUGAAAAGCCCACCUACUCUAUCACCAGCAGCGGCCGCUCAGACACACCAACUAAAGGCAACCAGGAGCGUGACCCCACCAAGCUGGGGUUGUCAUCACCUACUCCAGACAUAAAGGCUGGCCCUGAACUGGGCUCACUGCUGCCCAGCACUCUCUCCUCCAUGGCUAACCUGUCCAGCUGCAUGAAAGAUCGAAAGGAUGAGGAAAGAGGGAUUGAACUGGACAAACUGGAUACAGAGAUGAUCAAGCUCCUGGCCUGGCAGAGGAUCCAGCAGCUUUUCCCCCCCAAAGUGCCCAGCACUCCGCCUCCCUCAGCCACCAGCGCUGCCCCCAAAACCCCAUCACCCUGCCCUGACACUCAGAAGAAGGUGCAGGCCCGAGCUGUCUUCUACCCUCUGACAGGAAAAGGAGCUGUCAGCAUGUGCUAUAGGACAUUAUACAUAGGAUCAGGUGCUGACAUGGACGUGUGCCUUACAAAUUAUGGUCGUUGCAACUACAUAUCGGGGAAACACGCCUGUAUUUUCUAUGAUGAGAAUACCAAGCAUUAUGAGUUGCUCAACUACAGCGAGCACGGCACCACAGUGGACAACGUCCUCUACUCGUGUGAUUUCUCAGAGAAGGCUUCUCCAUCUCCACCAAGUGGGCUGGUGGCCAAAGUCCAAGGCAUCAUACGUCGCAGUAAGAAGCGCGAGGAUGACGAGGGUCCCAGCUCUGUGGUGGGUCUGUUGCCGGCUGGUGGAGUGAUGAGCAGCCAGCCUCAGGGCAGCGCCGAGCUAUCAUGCAGCUGUAAGGGAAGCAGCUCCAGCCUGAUUGGAGGCAGCGGGGCGGGUUGGGAGGGCACGGCCCUGCUCCACCAUGGCAGCUACAUCAAAGUGGGUUGCCUCCAGUUUGUCUUCAGCAUCACGGAGUUCGCCAGUAAGCAGCCCAAAGAGGAGCAGACCACAGCGCCUGCCGCCAGCUGCACCAGCACCAACAGCAGCAGCAGUGUGGCCAGCACCACCAGCACCGCCCCCACCACCACCACACCACUACCCAACACUGCCACAGUGAGCAGCCCCUCCAGCCAGGAUGAGACCGACACUGAGACUGUCCCUCCCCACCAAGUGCCCCUACUGCGCUCCGACUCUAUUCCAUAACCUGCCCAGGAAAACCCACCCACCCUCCUUUGUUUUGCACCUUCCGAGUCACAAUGAAGGGAAAGUUGCACAGCUGGUUGGUCAACAGGGAAAAAGUUUAUUUUUUCAUUUUUAAUGGUUUAUAUCUUUGCAUGAACUUGAAGUAUUAUUGACAAUCUCUUCUGUUUUUGAAUGACUGACCAGUAACCCUCUGUUCACUUCAGACCGUUAGGACUUUGGCGAACAUUAUUUACUGAUGCUCAACUUUUCUUUUGCCAGUAUAUUGGUCAUGUAUGGUGUAACAUUAUUUUGUCUGUCAGCCCAUUUAGCACAAACCUUUUAUUUUGUAGUAUUGAAUUCCAUACAUUCUACUUUCUUUUGCUGCUUUUGCACCAUAGGUAGCUAUAUAUGUAUGAAAACAUACAUGCUUACACACUAUAUGUAUAUAUAAUGUAAAUAUAUAUAAUUCAUUGCUUCUCAAUUGGAGAGACAUUGGAUUUCAUGUAGAUUUACCAUUGUUUGGUUUUUAACUGUACAGUUCAUGGAAUUUGUGAUACUGUGUAGAGUACCAGAAGUUUUGUGAUAAAGCUUGUUCUUAGUCUGUACUUUCCGCUGUAGUAAAAGUGUAAAUACCGUAUUGUUUUAGCACUCAUUUUAACAUCUUGUGCUGCUCUGUAUAUAAGCACUCUUUGUCUGUACCUGCUUGUCUGUUCAAACAUGUAAAUACAGAAAGAUUUUCUAAGAACAAA